UAGUAGUAGUAGUAGAUGAGGAACAAGAGCGAACGAUGGAGACAGAGAUGGGAGGGGAGGCUGCCCUGCCAUCAACACCGUCACAACACACCCCAUCGCUACCGCAACACAACGUGUACGCCGCGAGACAUACAAACGGAAGGAGAAACUUAGUCUGGAAAGGACUAACAGAAGAAGAAACAACCAUGUGGGUGAACAACACUUACAUAGAAUUAGUUGGGUGGUCUACAUGUCAUCUGUUCGAUCCACCAAAGUGUGCAGCCACCAACAAAAUUGUACAAGAGAUGGUCAUCCUCCUCAACAAUUACUUACAAGAGUCACCCCUCGCACCGUAUGCGAUGAAAUUAUUCUUCACACUGCCAAAACUCUUCUUUCAAAAGACACAGAAAUGCGAAGGUGGCGGGAAACGUGAAAGCCGUCGCAAGAAGAGUGGGUCUAUGGCAGAACAACCAACUGGAUGAGCUCCUGGAGGAAGCCCGAGCCAUCCAGAAGAGGCUGCCAAGACCAUCAGGAAACCAACAAAGGCAGGAAGGCAAAGCCCGUAAUUUCGCUGGCAAUAUGCGGCAAGGACAGGUGUCCAAGGCUCUGUGGGCACUUAAUGAACAGCAGUCAGGUGGUGUGUUGCCCCUCACCAGGGAAACCAUCCACCUGCUGAAGGAAAAACAUCCUCCCCCCCAGUGACGAGGAGGGCCUCAGGAUGCAGGGGCCUUUCCGCAAGCCCAAUGAUGUCAUCUACGAGGUGAUAACUGGAGAGAUGAUCUGGAAGAAGUCUCUCCAGACACACGGCAGUGCUGGUCCCUCAGGACUAGACGCUAGAGCAGUGUUUCUCAACCUGUGCGCCGCGGCGCACUUGUGCGCCGCGGGGAUCACAUAGGUGCGCCGCGAGUACUCGGACACGUCCUGUACCCGUCCAUCAGAGCUGCAGUCAGCUGGCAUUCCUGAGUUGCCAUAUCACUUGUCUUAUUUUACUUAUUUACACGUUCAUGUGAAAAAUUUUAGAUGUGUGUACAAACUGAGCAUAUGCAUACCAGUUGGUUGUAUACAAGAUGGAAUAUAUGAUGUGAUUUGCGUGAACCUUUACUAACAAUUAAUAUGGCAACAUAUAACGAGAACAUUGGGUAGGCAGCUCCAGGGCCAGGACCAAGGGGUCUCAGUGCUACAGUUGACUCCCCGUAACGCGUAGUGCCGUACUGCAUUCGUUGCUCAACGAGGCUUAAAAAUGGAGAAAUACCUCAUAAAAAAGCGUAAAUGUGCUGAAGAAAAAGAGGAAGUUGCAGAGGACAUUAUUAAGUCAAAGCGUACAUGUGUCGAAGGCACUGAUGGUGACGUAACAGUAAAACCUGGUGAAAGUGAGACGUCUCGUCCAGGCCAUAUCGUGGAAAGUGAAGAAAAUGAAGUGAGAGUUGAAAAAUCCUAUUUUCUUCCAGCUUGCUGUUCUGUAGUGAAAACUUUGUUUGGGGAUGAGGCUGAAAAAGAAGUGAAAAAAAUUCCUCUCUCAAACGAUACGAUUGGCAGACGAAUCAAGGAUAUGUCAUCUGACAUUGAGAAAAGUGUGUGUGAACUGGUGAAAGAUAAAAUGUUUGCCUUACAAGCGGACGAAUCAACAGAUAUUGGAGGGAAACCUCAGUUACUUGUGUUCAUCCGUUUCAUUGAUGAUAAGAAAAUAACCGAGCAAUUCUUGUGCUGCAAAGAACUAAGUCAAACAACAGGACAGGAAAUAUUUUCUACAGUGACAGAAUAUUUGGUAGAAAUGGACUUAACAUGGAAAUUAUGUGUAGGAAUUUGCACAGAUGGUUGUCCAUCAAUGGUGGGGUCAGUAAAGGGUUUUGUGUCUUUAGUGAAGAAGGAAAAUCCAUUUCUGAUUACCACACAUUGUUUCUUGCACCGUGAAGCUCUUGUUGCUAAAACACUUGGACAAGAUUUAAAAUUUGUUCUUGAUAAUGUCGUGAAAAUGGUGAACUUUAUUAAAAGUAGACCAAAGCAGUCAAGAUUAUUUUCCAGUCUUUGUGAAGAAAUGGGAUCUGCCCACGAAGGUCUUCUCCUCCACACGGAAGUUCGGUGGUUGUCAAGAGGCAGAGUGUUAUCCCGUGUGCAUGAACUAAGAGAGGAAAUUCUUCUUUUCUUUGCUCUUGAAGAGAAAACAGAAUUCUGCGAAUUACUGGCUGACGAAAUUUGGAAUGCAAAAUUAUGUUAUUUGGCAGAUAUAUUUGAGCAUUUGAACAAGGUGAAUGUAAGUAUGCAAGGGAGAAAUGAAAAUAUGUUAACAUGCACUGAUAAAAUGCAGUCAAUGAAAGAAAAAUCAAGGUUUUGAAAGACAGGUCAAGUGAAGGUAAUAUUGACAUGUUUCAAAAGACUGCUGCAGCAAACAACACAGACAUUGUUCCACUCAUUACAGACCACCUUACAAGCCUAGAAAGGAGCAUUGAAAAAUACUUCCCAAAUAUAUCUACUGAAAGUUAUGAUUGGCUGAGAAAUCCAUUAGUGCUCGAUCCCUUACACAAGCCUCAACUUAGCACUCAUGAAGAAGAGGAACUAAUUGAUAUCCGAAAUGACCGCACAUUAAGACUGCAAUAUAUGGAAAUGUCAUUAGAAAGCUUUUGGAUUGAAAUGGAAAAACAAUCCCCACACAUUUCAAAAAAGGCCCAGAAAAUACUCUUGCAGUUUUCGACCUCAUAUUUGUGUGAACUGGGAUUUUCAGCACUAACAAAUAUAAAAACUAAGAAAAGAUGUAACUUGCUCUCUGUUGAAGAGGAAAUGAGAGUGUGUCUGUCAGCUGUCCCUCCCAACAUAGAGAGGAUAUGUAAAUCCAGGCAGGCACAGGUGUCUCAUUGAUAAGGUAUGUAUUUUUUUUAGUAAUAGUUUAUUUACAGUACACACUGUUUCCUGCUGUUUAUUUGCACCUAUUAUUUCAUCAAUAAUAUUGUGUAACUGAGAUAUUAUGGUUAACACACCGUCCGUGAAAGAGUAAAAGGUUAAUUAAUUAUGAAAUUAAAGAGAUGGUGCGUCGCCAAAUUAAAAACAUGUCUUUAGUGCGCCGCCAACCAACAAAGGUUGAGAAACACUGCGCUAGAGGGUGGCGUCGCCUGUUGAGCGGCGCACUCUGUGGCAGCGCCGCUAACGACCUAUGCGGCGCCCUGGCAGCACUGGCGAGGAAGCUUACCACCACAAAUUGGUGGCUCGAGGCUCUCACCGCAUGCCGAUUAAUCCCGCUGGACAAAAAGCCGGGAUGCAGACCAAUUGGCAUCGGCGAGGUAAUAAGACGCAUCGUGGGUAAAUGCGUCAUGACGGUGGUCAAGGACGACGUAAGGAGGGCAGCGGGGAACCUGCAAGUAUGUGCAGGACAGCAGGCAGGAGGGGAAGCCGCCAUCCACUCUAUGAGGGAAAUGUUCAGUGAAGACAAUUGUGAAGCGGUGUUAUUAGUGGACGCCAAAAACGCUUUCAACACUAUUAACAGAAAAACAAUGCUUCACAACAUUCGAGUAAAAUGUCCCUCUCUGGCACAAUAUGUAGAAAACACAUAUAGUGACCCCUCGGAUUUGUACAUAUGUAGUAAUAGUGGUAAUAGUGUUAAGGUGUUAAAGUCCAUGGAAGGGACAACACAAGGUGACCCAGUGGCCAUGGCGAUGUACGCCCUCGGACUUUCAGUGCUGCAACAAGUUAUCUCAUAUGAGAAAACGAGUGUGAAGCAAGUGGCGUACGCGGAUGACCUGUCAGGGGCCGGCAAAAUAACAGACUUGAAAAAAUGGUGGGGCUUAGUGAACGACAAUGGUCCCAUCAUAGGGUACACACCCAAUGCCGCUAAGUCCGUCCUUAUUGUAAAGCCUGAACACUAUGACAGUGCAGUGGAUAGCUUCAGUGGCAGUGGAGUUAUAAUAACAAAGGAUGGACAACGGCAUCUGGGUGCUGUCAUCGGAACAGAGGAGUUCAAGAAGGAGUACAUAGGAGAGAAGGUGAAGGAGUGGAUACAUGAGGUGGAAGUCCUGUCUGACAUGGCCAGGACUGAGCCUCAUGCAGCCUACUCCGCCUACACCCACGGCUUGCAGCAUCGAUGGAGAUUCGCCAUGCGCACCAUCCCAGGCAUCAGCCCUCUCCUUGCACCACUGGAGGUCUCGAUAAGGAACACCUUCCUCCCAGCGUUACUGAGAUCCCACACCAUCGGAGAUGGGGAGAGGGCGCUGCUCGAACUUCCACCAAGACUGGGCGGGAUGGGAAUCACCUCCCCUGAGAAGUUGGCGACUGUGGAGAACCUCAACUCCCUCAAGCUCACCAGGUCCCUCACAGAGAAGAUCAUUGCUCAGGACGCACAUGGUGAAAUAGCCCAAAGUGCAGUCACUGAGCAAGGACGAAUUAUAUCUAGAGAUAGGCAACAACAUCAACGAAACUGUCUCGAAGACCUGAUAAACAUCCUGCCUGCAACCACAGUGAGAAAAAUCCUCACUGCACAGGAAACGGGAGCCUCUAACUGGCUAACGUCACUGCCCAUCAGAGCGAAGGGCUUCAGCCUCAACAAACAAGAAUUUGUCGACGCCAUUGCUCUGAGGUACGGCUGGCCGAUGGAAGGACUCCCCAGUACCUGUGUGUGUGGCUCCCCCAAUGACGUCAACCACACCAUGACGUGCAAAAAGGGGGGAUUCGUAUGUAUCAGGCACGAUGAGGUGAGAGAUCUGACCGCCAGCAUGCUCAGGGAGGUGUGCCACGAUGUCUCCACUGAACCGACCCUCCUGCCGCUAGACGGCGAGCACCUGCGCUACAGAACAGCCAACACCACCAACGAGGCUCGAGUCGACGUCAGUGCACGAGGGUUCUGGACAAGGGGACAGAAAGCAUUCGUGGACAUACGGAUCUUUGACCCGAUGGCCACCUGUCACCACGAACUCUCCCUGGAGGCCGCCCACCGCAAGAAUGAGCAGGAGAAGAUCCGAGCGUAUGGGGAGAGAAUCCAACACGUUGACCAGGGCAGCUUCACACCUCUGGUCUUCACCACAUCUGGCGGGAUGGGCUCCAAGGCUCAGUGCUUCUACUCAAGACUAGCUGACCUAAUGGCAGAAAAGAAGCACCAGCCAAGGAGCCAUGUCGUCGCAUGGAUGAGGUGCCGUCUCUCAUUCUCCCUCCUGAGAUCUGCCCUCCUGUGUCUCAGGGGGACAAGGCAUUCCACUCCCAUACCUGCAGACUUAGGAGGCCUCGACUGCGAGGCUACAGUGGUGGAGAGUGGCAUAAGAGUAGAUAGAGUAGAGGUAGAGUGAAUUUAUAGUUAACAACUAAUGUUUAUAUUAUAGAGCAUUAGAUAUGGUUGGAUGCCACAGUCAUUAGCGAGAGCUGGGGCUAAUGACCUCCAAGUAAUGGAGCCCCUAAUUGACACAUCAAUA